AUGCGGAAAAAACCAAGAUGGCGAUGGAGAGAAGAAAUCUUUAAGGAAAAAAGUAACAUUAUUUUAACAAACAAAUGAUUAAAAUGAAGCGCCAGCAAGAUCGCGAUGCUUCCCCAAGUCGUAAAAGAUCACGUUCUGUAUAUUCAAUACCCGAUCGUGAUUCUAUAAGGGACAGAAUGAGCCCAGAUUUUGAGAGGCGUGACGGUCGUGGAAAGUUCGGGGGAAAACCAUAUCCCCAUAGAGAUUUUGAUGAUAUUGACCCGCCUAUUCGACAGAAAUACCGAAAUGAAAGAAUAAUAGAUGCAGGUUACCCUCCAUCAGUUAGGGACCAACCAGACAAAAUGCAAGACGAGUACAGAUCAUUGUGCAUUAGUAAUAUUCCUAGCAAACUCCCAGAUCCAGUUUUAAAAGAUACCUUGCUAGCAGAGUUUACAAAAUUUGGGGAAAUGAAUAUAAAAGUAACAAUUUCUGGAGAUCAGCGUGUUGCAUAUAUCAAUUUCCGUUACCCUGAACAUGCACGUACUGCAAAGUAUGCGAAGUCUAAACUAUUUUUAUUUGAUCGACCUCUUCGCAUUGAUGCUGUUUACAAUAAAAAAAGAAGUAACAGUCCAAAUAGUGAAAACAGAGAUCAGUUUUUUCACCGUGCAUUGGCACCUGGACGGUCACCACCACAUGGUAUGGGCAGCAGACGCGGUUUUGGUGUAGGUCAUUAUCAGAGUGUUCCUGCACGUGACUUUCAUCCAACUCGUGGUCCUUUUAACACAAAUCACAGUAAUAACAGUGACGACGAUCAACCAAUAGAACAUAGACGUCACAAUGAAAAGUUUCCAUAUCACUUGGAUCACAUUGACCCUGAAUUUGACAGCAAAGCGACUAGAACGUUGUUCGUUGGCAACCUAGAUUUGUCGAUAAAUGAUGUUCAGUUAAAACACAUAUUUUCUAAGUUUGGUGUUGUUGAAGAUGUUGACAUCAAACGUCCACUGAGAGGUCAAGGAAAUGCUUAUGCAUUUGUUAAGUUUCACAACUUGGACUGUGCACACAAAGCUAAGGUAGAAAUGUCUGGUCAGUAUAUUGGUAAGUUUCAGUGCAAAAUUGGGUAUGGAAAAGUGACUCCUACAACAUGCUUAUGGAUUGGUGGUCUGGGUCCUUGGGUUAGUUUUGAAAUCAUAGAAAGGGAAUUUGAUCGGUUUGGUGUGAUUUCAAAAAUUGAGUGGCCUCCAGGCAGAAACUAUGCUUUCAUUUUGUAUGAUAGUAUCGACGGAGCUCAGGCAGCUUGUCAGGAUAUGCGAGGAUUCCCAGCAGGUGGACAUGAAAGGAGACUGCGGGUAGAUUUUGCUGAUCCUGCUCAAAUGGGAGCACCCCCAGACAUGCCCAGUCCGUAUGCAAACCAACAAGGACCGAGAACGUUUGUGAAAGGGGACAAAGGUCCCAGUCCCUGGAAAGCUUCUGACAUACCUGGUGAUCGACCUAGAAGCAGACGCGAUGAUUGGUUCCCGCCAGAUGGUGACACUGCAAAUGUGUACCGUAAUCCCGAUAAUCCCAGAGAUGGAGACCGUGUGAGGGGAAGAGAGGACUGGGAUCGAUUCAGUAAUGGAGUUGAAGUUGAUAAAAGAAGGCGACCGCUUUCACCGGGGGAAAUCGGUCCUGUGCGUGGUGGCCGGUCCAGAUCACCAGACCGACCCCGUGGUUAUUCCCAUGACAAUAACAAGGAUCAUGAAAACUCGAGACGAUCUAGUGGUGAUUUCCAGGGGAGGGACGGAGAAGAUCGAUCCAGCAAGUCCAGUCGAAGGUUAUCAGAACAUGGUGGAGACAAAGAGCAGAUCGUUACUGAACAUGUCAGGGCUCUCAGUGACCUAGCCAAGUGCUUACCGGUUGCCUGGAACGGUGCAUUGAUACUUAAAAGCAGCGCGUUUGCAGCAUGCAUGCAUGUUGUCAGUGGUGAUGUGACGCUUGUUGACAAUUUGAUGAGGGACCCGACAUCGACAGAGACACCUGUGUUGAGAAUCACCCAACGUCUUAGGAUGGAUCCACCUAAGCUGGAAGAUGUUGGCCGACGCAUUCAGUCCACUGGGCCUCAUGGUCACUGUAUUCUUCUAGCCAUGCCCGGCACACUUCAAAACUAUGACGAUCCGACUGGCAACAUCCAGCAAAGACCGCUGAAGAACCUUGUGACCUACCUGAAACAGAAGGAAGCUGCUGGUGUGAUAUCUUUGCCUCCGAACCCCACACAGGACAAGAACAACAUUGGAGUGCUCCAUGCUUUUCCCCCACAUGCAUUUGGUUAUUCAUUUCUACAGAAACGAGCCCCAAAUUUGCCACCAGAACCGCUCAAAGAAGAUUAUUUGGUGGUGGCUGUUGUUCUUGGAGCCGUUUAAAAACAAAAAUAUGUCAUUUUAUGCACUUUUUAUGAGUUAAUUAUUCAUAAGUGAAUAUGUUAAGUUUGAAUUUUUUGCUAUGUCUGAUGAAAAACCAUUUAUAUAUGAUGAAUUGUUAAUGAACAGACUGUAUAUUAUGUGUUUGGUAUACAUGCUACAUGCAUACAUGUGCGUCGGCCCAUCUACAUCAAGAUUUAACAGACUAACAUUUUGCAAAAUCCGUUUUGGUAAUUUUAUACAUGUGUUUAACUCGAGUGCAUUGUACUUACGACAGGUAUAGCUGAAAAAAGUUUGAUAACCAAAAACUUUGUUAAUAUACAUUAAUGAUUUAAUUUGUACAAAGUUUGAAAAAAAAAGAAGAAAUUAUGUGUCGACCAUCCACAAAAAUAGUUGUUUUUGCUGACCAUACAUUUUAUCACCAUAAAUUUUAUGCAAAUGUAUACAUGUGCAUGCAGGUGACUUUUACUGUCGACUAUUCUUUACAUCAUACCUGUAGAUUAAUACCUCUAGAUGUAUACAUGUAGUACUAUGCUUCCAUUGUUGGACAUUUUGUAUCUUUUAUUGAACACUGUUUAGCUGUACAGAUUUUACUGGUACUGGUACUAGCUUUCUUUGUUGUUUUCGGGUGGGUGUUGGGGGCCGUAUAAAUAAUCUGCAACAAACACUUGUAAUAUAUUUUUGAGAUUGUAAAUAAUGUUUUUGUCUUGUUAGGAAUAUUAUUAUUAUUAGUAGUAUUUUUUCUUUUUAUUACUUAGUUUUUUUCACUAAUAUUCUAAAAAUUAAUUUUUGAGAUUGUAAAUUAUAAUUGUUUUGUUUUUUUAGUUUUUGUUUAUUUUAUUUUGUAGGGUUGUCGGUGAUUUUUUUUUUUUUUUUUUUUUUUUUUUUUUUGAGGAGGGUUGUUAAAUGCUCGAUUUCUUUUGUGGGUUUUUUUUAAUUUGAAGUUACAUUUAUUGGCCACUAAUAGGUAAGAUUUUAAAAUGGUUUAGUGCAUAUCUACUACAUUUGUAUUUGAUUUUGAAGUACCGAUAAUUGUCAAAGAGCUGUUAACUCAUAUCAGAUAGAAUUCAUUUAUUAACCAAAUGAAAACAAGCUAAAAUCCAAGAACAAAGCUCUACAAUAUUCAUAUAUUUCAGCAAGUUUACAAUAAUGUUUCUUGGCUCAAAGCCAAACUUAUUAAUUUCAACAGUGUUUAUUUGAAGAAAAAAAACAACCCCUCAAUGCUUAAGUUGGAUAGUAUUGGGCAAAUGUUUUAUUUUUAACAAUGACCUAUUUUGACUCCAGUUUAAUUAAUGACUAGUCAACAUAAAUGUUAGGUUUAUUUGAUAAAUGUAGUCAAGAUUUUAAUUUUGUACGUGCUCGAAUAGUCACCUGUCUAAAAGUAAAAAAAAAAAUUGAAUGCAACCUGUUCUCUACAAUGAUUUAAUAUAUUAUAAAGUGACCUAGAUAUUAAGUCAUUUGUCUUGAUAAUUGCCUUUGAUGGCAGCUUGACACAGGUUUUACGUAAUAUGGAAAUAUUAAUUUCUUGAAAAUACCGUACAUAAAAGGACAACAUAAGUUGAAGCAGACUGAAAUCGUCAGUUUAAGUUGUAUGCAAAUUGCCAGAUGUGAAUUAAAAGUUGAAUUUAGUAACUGUUGCACAACGUAUCUGUACCAGUGAAGUAAUUUUCAGCAGUACAUAAUGUGAAACUAGUCUGCAAAAUAGUACGCAAGUAAGUCCUAUACAGAACUUAGUUUUUGUCGUCCUAAUCACCGGUAGAGAUGGUUUCAAGCUGCAAUUGGUUACUUACACUGUGGUAUAUUUAGAAGGAUGAUUUUACACUGUUUUAUUAUUUAAAUACAUAAGUAUUCUCCAACUUCACUAAAACUAGGUCAGAGGCUUAGGGCAUCCAUCACCCUCCUCCCCACUUACAACCCCCCCACCCCCCUUACCCCAGGACAUUUUGAAAAAUGUAUAUCUCCAGUGGGUGUAGUUUAUUGGUGUCUCAGGCAAAAACUGGGUGUAGUAUGUCAAAGUGAGAUUUGAAGGAAAGUACCUUUGUUUUUUUAAUAUGGUGGGAUCCUAUUCGACCUGGUGCACAUGCUUUUGAAAAUCACAAGUAUGGGGCUAAAUUGUAUUGCAUGGUUGGGCACCAACCAGUGUAUGGAGUUGGUGAAUACUGAUAGAUGUACAUGUAUGAUCAAAACCAGUCUGUUCAAAAACUUAAGUGUUUACUAUGAAGUGUAAUUAUGUUGCAGUGAGAGAUAACAUGGACAUUCUUGAGAUGAAUGUAUAUAUACAAAUGUUUGUGUUUCUUUGUGACAGUGAAAACAUGUGGCAACUUCACAGAAUCUAACUGAAAUUUUUACUAUUAAACUUUGAUAGGAGUGGCUUAUGUGUUGAACAAGUAUUGCUCUGUUAGACCUAAAUCAGCUGUUUAUUAAAAAUUAUGUGCAUCAUUGAAAAACAUUAUUUCUUUUCCCCAAUAAAAUCUUAAUCGAUCGAGGAAAAACAACAUACUCAAAUAAAACAUUAGGGGAAAUAUAAGGUUUAUUUGGGUUUAAGAUGGAAUGAAUCUAUAUAUUUAGAAAUUGGGUUAUAAUACCUCCAACAAGAAGCCAAAGAAUACCACAUUAUUCAUCUGUAUAUGUUUUUGAACUUCUGUCAAUGAUCCGAAUGAGCAUGUUACAACAGUAGAUACAUGUAGUGUACACUUAAUGUGCAUGUAGAUAAUGAAAUUUGGUACUUUUGUUUUCUGAUAGGGGUUUUCCAGUAAUUUUCUGCUGAUAAGUUUGAUGAUUUGUAAUGUCAGAGUAGAAUUGUAUAGUAUGUAGUAUCCUUUUUUACUAACUCCUAUAGAUACUUGUGUUUUUACAUUUAGCUUCUGCAGAUACUUUGUUCUUUUGAUUGUGUAGAACCAUUUACGUUUUUUUAAUAUUUCCAAAAAUGUGUGUGUUGUCACCUAAUUUUAUGCUGAUAAUAAGCUACCAAUAUUUUAUAUAUACAUGAUGUAGACAUUUUGACAAUUAUUUUAUUGCAACUUGAAUAUUUCACAAGCAGAUUUUAUCAAUGAUUUUCCAACAAGAAUAUUAAUUCAAAGCAGCUGUUAAUUUUCAUGAACAUGUUUAGAAUAUAUUGUUCAGUGCAUGUUGAGAUGGUUCAUGUUUAGCGAGAUUUAGUUUUUAAAGAUGGACAGGUUUUUGUUUAAUUUGUUAAUAAUACUGCUGUUGAGUCUGCUGUAACCAGCUGCUGUUCUUCACUCUGGGUCAUGAUGUCCACCUGAUGGUCAAAUGCCGGAACCAGCAUCCAUGGCAAAUCUGCACUGAAUGAAUCCUUGUCCAGGAGUUUAGUUCAGCAUGACUGGUAUAAGGGUUUUAGGCAUUGCAGAUUUGAAUAUGAUAUUCUACACCAAUCAAGUGUGACUUCAUGGAUGAAAUUCUACCUGAAAAGCAUACAGUUCAUGUGUAGGAAGGAAAUUUCCAGACAAGUACUUUUCCAAAGUCUGGAGAAAUGGAGGCUGCUAAAAGAUAUUGACAUCUGCUCCAUAUUCUGAAUUCGACAGUUGACUUCUUUCAAGAAAGUGUUUAAGAUAACUGGACAAAGACUGAAUGUGUUUUCUGUGCUAUUCAUUUUGCAGCAGUCUGUGGUUUUUUGUGUCACUAAUUUCGAAAUAAUUGACAUCAGCUGGUGACUUCUAAAAGUUGUGAAAUUCAAGAACAAAGACUUAUGUGUCAUCUUUCAAUUAUUCGAGAUUCCACAGGAAAUGUCAGGUUUGCUAAAGUAGUUAAUUUGAAAAUAUGUGCAGGAUAUCAUUCAUGUUGCAAUGAUUUCAUAAGGAGUGGAUCUUUCUGUAUAUGAGCUGUGGUGCUUUUCUUUCAGAUUACAGAUGUUUUCCAUAGUGUUCGAUCAGAAAUAACCUUGUUCUCUGAUCUCCAGAAGAAAUGCUUGGAAGGAUGAUGUGUCAGGUUUCUCAUCUUUUCCAAUUGGUAACUUCAACCAUAGAGAUGAAACCGAUUGAUUCUUAUCAGGGGAAGAUGCUGGUUUUUCAUUCUUUGAUUUCUAGAUCAGUUCUGUUUCAGCAUUCAUGGAAGUGGUCUCUUAAUUUUUUUAAUUUUUUUUUUUAUUCCAAAUGAGAAAAUAUAAUGGCUUGAUGUGAAAUACUAAUAUUUCUUGUUAGUUCAAUUCUAUGUGUUUGAUAUUGUGAUUUUUGCCUCCAGCUCUUGGCUGCAAUGUAUUUAUGUUGCACUGGUGUAGAUACAUGCCGCUUGGGAAUUCGAGCUCAUUGUGUUUGCUGUAGCUGCUGUAAUGAUGGUAACAUUCAUAUAUGUGUGCCAGUAAUCAUGUCUGCUUUGUGCUGUUCCUAAGAAAAAAAGUGUUUAUUGUGCAUGUAUUUGAAUUCCAAGCAGGAAAGAAGACAAUGUGCACAGAAUGUAAAUGUUUCUUUUCUCUUGUAUUAGUUCAACUGCUUCAAUGAUAUAAUGAUGUUUAGCAUCCAACAUUGUGACUUAGUGAUGUACUCUUUUUAGGUAUGUGUAAUAAACAUAAAGUGUGAUACGAUCGUUCUUUGAAUUGUGUUCUUCCAAACCAGUGAGUCCAAGACUGACUGGAGUUGCAGCAUAAACAAGAAAUAUAUAUUCUAAAGACAUUGUUUUGUGCUGUGAUAUGAAGUGCCGGUGAAGUUUCUGGUGGUGAUAGAUACAAAUUACAGUACGCUGUAUUCCUAAGGAAAGUACAUGUGUUUGUGUUUUCCUGUGAAAUGGCCAGGUUCCCUGCUUAUCUGUUCACUGUUCACUGUUCACUAGCAAGUAUGUUCAUUGUAGCAAUCUCAAACUGCUCGAAUUCCUUUGGAGAAACUUGAAACCUUUGUGCUACUGGUACUACUUGGAUGGAUUGGUGCUUAUUAAUAAAAGAAAGAAAAAACCAACCAACCAAACUACUACAUGACAUCACCAUUCAUAAUUACAUAGUUAUAAACAUCUAUUUACAUGUUGUUAACAACAUGGUAGUGCUUACACUCGCCUUAACAGAGUGAUACAAGUUUCACCUUCGUUUAAACUGAUCCACUGUGAGGGAACAUGACAAAUCAAUGUACGUGUUAUGUCUGGAUCAUGGUCAUUCGCUUUAACUUUUAAAAUCCCAUUUAAGUGAAAAUGGUUUUGUCCACAAUACCAUUACCGGAAGCAGGAUGUUUUUCAGCCAUUGAAACUAGAUUUAAGUGAUAGUGACUGUGUAACUGUGAUCAUUUUCAUCGCAGUCUUUUCAGAACUCUGCUUCAAGCAUUGUGAUAUUUUUGGAAGUGUCUUUGCCAAAGAAGAUGCCUUUUGACAAAUAUGACCAUUUUAGCUGUGCCAUAUUUUGGAGUUGUUAAGUUUUUCUAAUCUUUAUAUUUUUAUACAAUUUGUUAAUCUUUAUGAAUAAAAGAAAAGAAAAAAUAUUGAAUCAACAGAA